AUGCCACUGCAGUAUAUACAAGACGUCAAGCCGUCUGGAUACAUUGAAAUCCUGCCGGAGCAGGCCAAGCCAGCCGACCGCCGGAUGUCUAUGGUGAACUCCGAUUGGAAACCUUCCCCUGGUGUUCCUAAGCCGGAUAGACAUGGAAGAUUUCUGAGAUCCUACGAUGGCGACGACGGAGACGAGGACCACUCCAACUCUCAUCGUGAGGAGAGGUCCGAAUAUCAUGGAGACUUGCCGUACCGCCGUGCCCGCGCGGUAGUCCGUGCCUUUCUUGAUCAGUUGUAG